AUGACUGAGAAUGAGAAGCCUGGGAAACAAUCUGGAAAAAUGAGUGUAGCAGAUCUUAAAGCAAAAUACAAUGCAGUUGUUGAUAAAAAUAAGUCUCUAAAAGAUAAACUUGCCACUGCAAAUUCCGAUAUUGAGAAGUUAACUGACGCAAUUAAAGCACGAGAUCAAGCAAUCGAUUCAAGAGACCAUAAAAUCCAAGAGUUAACACAAUUAUCCACAGAUUUAGAAGCGAAACUUGCAAAAGCAAAUAAUUCCAUUAUUUCUGAUAUUACAAAAGAAUUAUUCGGUAAGAAUCAGGAACAAGAACAGCAAGAAGUUCAAGAUCAGUCAGAAAUUGUAGCCCAACUCAAUCAGGAACGUAGAGAUUUAAUGGAAAAAGUCAAAACAUAUGAAAACUCAGACAAAGCAAAUAAAGAACUUAUCGAGAAAUACAAAAAGGCUAUAUCUGAUCUGGAAAAUGAUCAAAAAACUCUUAAAGAUAAAAUUGUUGAUUUGGAAAAUAAGAAAUAUGACUCUGUUACAGACAUUUCAUCCGAAUUAUCCGACUUGAUAAAAGAAAAUAAUUCACUACGUGAGCAACUCAGGCUCAGCGAACUCAAUAAAACUGAUACAACGAAAUAUGAUCUGUUAAACGAAGAGAACAAGUUACUUAAGAAGACAAAUAACGAUUUAACACAACAAACAAAAGUACUUGAGAAGAAAAUUCAAGACUUACAAGAUGAUAUUUCAAAAAUUGAACAAUAUAAAGAGCAAAUUUCUCAAUUAAAAGGAUCCCAUGACGAAACAAAUGAUAAAUAUGUAGCUUUACAACGUGAAAAUGCUUCUCUACAGUCGAAAUUCGAUACUUCCAAAAAACAAUUUGAAGAUGAAAUUUCAAAACUCAACGACAAGCUUUCCAAAGCACAAAAGGACAUCGACAAUAAAGUCAAGGAAUCAGGAUUAUCACAAGCAUCACUAAAUGAUGAAAUACAGAAGCUUUCUCAAGAAAUUUUAAAUCUUAAAUCCGAAAAUACGACAAAGUCACAGAAAAUCGAUUCAUUAAAUGACGAAUUGACCAAUACAAAGUCAGAGACAACCAGACUAAACAGUUUAAUCUCAGAAUUGAAGCAAGAUUUAAAUCAUUCCGAAAAUAAGGGCGUUGACCUUACAAAUCAGCUUCACAAAGCACAAGGGGAGAUCACAGAGUACCUCAAGCGUAUCAAUAACUCUCUAAACGAGAUAGAUUCACUUACAACAAUAAAAGAUGAUCUCACUUCACAAAACAAUUCAAUGCAAAAGGAAAUAACCAACUACAGAUUGUCCGUUCAGAAAUUAGAGAACACUGUAUCUGAAAAAAACAAAAGAAUCCAAAAUCUCGAAGAAAGAGCUCAAUCCAGGUUUAAUGAGAGCGCAGAACUACAACAUGCAUACGAGAGAAUGAAGGCUGAGAAUGAGAGAGUCAAAUCUGAAAGCCAAGAGUCGAUUUCUAAACUCCAAACGAAAUUAGAUGAAAUUGAGAAGAAUUUUGAAGAGAAAAGAAUAGCUUUGGACGCGGAAUUGGUUAAAGUACAGAAUCUGACUAAGCAGAGAGAUAAAAUGGAAGGAUUAAAGAGAAUGGCCGACAGAAAAGUCGCAAAUUUGGAAGAUGAAAAGGCAAAACUGGUCCAAAAGUUGUCAGCCUUAGAGAAAGAUAGAACUAUAAAGGGAGGAAAGAGUCAGGAUAGCUCAAUCUUCCCUGGAUACAUGAGAAAAGUCUUAUUACAGUUCUUCAUUCAGGAUGGAAGCACAAGAGAGUCAUUAAUAUCUAUAAUUCUUAAUCUAGUUGAAUGUGAUGACAAAUUGAUCAGGCAAGCCCAGCGUUCUUGGAGAGAUUCAAACCAAAUCAUCACUCAUUUCUUCAAAUUUUAA